CUGUACGGCACAGUAGAAAUCUCAGUACUCACCGUUGCGUUGGUGCGCGCGAUUUGUGAACGACGCGGGCCGAUACACGACAGAAUAAUUCUAAAUCUUUUCCAUCCGCAACACGGUUCAAGGCUAUAUCGGUUCAGUGAAAGUAUCGUUUAGUUUUGCACAACGAAGGCCAAGUUUUUAAGCCAAACAUUAGCCGCUUAUACAUACAAGAUGAGAAGACAGAAAUUCACAAAUAUUCGUACACGGAUUACAUCGAAGUAAGAUUUGAUAGAAUGAGGUGAAUUCGAUCGACUUCUUCUUUCCAUUAGAAAAUAAUGCCUUCGAGCGGAUCUUCUAAAGUGCCCAAGGUAGACAGGUCCACAAGUCCUCUGCCGCACAAGCCUGUAAAUCCUGUUCAAGAACUAAAAGCUUUGUUUGCCGAACCACCGUCGAACGUUUCAUACGAUGCUAAAGAGCCAGACUUCCGCUUUGAGGCGAUUCAGUGCCUACAAACCACCGUAUUCAAGGAACCUAAAGCACUGCCAGAUCGGGGGACAUGGAGCAGUAAGAUUGAGUUCAUCCUCUCCGUAAUAGGACUGGCUAUAGGAUUAGGAAAUUUGUGGCGAUUCCCUUAUCUCUGUUACAAAAAUGGCGGUGGUGCUUUUAUGGUGCCUUACUUUAUCGCUCUCGCACUAGCCGGAGUACCCAUGUUCCUUAUGGAAUUAUCUUUAGGACAGAUGAUGACCAUAGGUGGAUUAGGUGUUUUUAAGAUAGCUCCGCUUUUCAAAGGCAUUGGGUAUGCUACUUGUGUCAUAUCCUGUUGGACGAACGUAUACUAUAUCAUUAUUCUGGCAUGGGCACUUUUUUAUUUUUUGGUUUCCUUAAGAUUUGACGUACCAUGGAGAACCUGCGGUAACUCUUGGAAUACGCGUUACUGUCUUACACCUACAGAACGUUUGGAAGCAUUGUGUUGGCCCGAAAAUAACGAUACGAUAUGUUCUACUUCGAUCGGUAAUUUGAGUCACAGUUUAUUGAACGAUCCAGUGAAAGAAUUUUGGGAGAGGCGCACUCUUCACAUUUCUCACGGUAUAGAAGACGUUGGUUCAAUAAGAUGGGAAUUAGCGGGUACAUUGGCUAUCGUAUGGAUUAUGUGUUAUUUCUGUAUUUGGAAAGGUGUGAAAUGGACUGGAAAGGUUGUUUAUUUUACAUCGUUAUUUCCAUACGCGUUACUUGCGAUCUUACUAGUACGAGGAUUGACGCUUCCAGGAGCAAUGGAAGGAUUAAAAUAUUAUGCAACACCGAAUUUAUCGAAACUCAGUGAUCCCGAGGUGUGGAUAGAUGCUGUCACCCAAAUAUUUUUUUCUUAUGCACUGGGUUUAGGUGCAUUGGUUGCGCUUGGAAGUUACAAUAAAUUCAAUAAUAACGUUUAUAAAGACGCACUUAUCGUGUGUACAGUAAAUUCUUGUACAAGCAUGCUCAGCGGCGUCGUUAUAUUUUCUGUAGUUGGUUUUAUGGCUCACGAACAACAAAAACCUGUGGCGGACGUAGCAGCUUCUGGUCCGGGUUUAGCUUUCUUGGUUUAUCCUUCCGCAGUUCUGGAAUUGCCAGGAUCAUCUAUUUGGGCUUGUUUAUUCUUUUUCAUGCUUAUUCUUAUUGGUUUAGAUAGCCAGUUUUGCACGGUCGAAGGUUUUAUAACAGCCGCGGUAGAUGAAUGGCCGCGUUUACUCAGAAAACGAAAAGAAAUAUUUAUAGCAAUCGUGUGUUUCAUCUCAUAUCUGAUCGGCCUUACUUGUGUUACUGAAGGAGGAAUGUAUGUAUUCCAGUUGUUAGACUCGUAUGCUAUAAGCGGAUUUUGUCUUCUGUUUUUAAUAUUUUUUGAGUGCAUUUCUGUCUCAUGGGCGUACGGUGUAAAUCGUUUCUAUGAUGGACUUCGCGACAUGAUCGGUUAUUAUCCAUGUUGUUGGUGGAAAAUAUGUUGGACAUUUACUACUCCUGCCAUUUGUAUAGGUGUUUUUUCUUUUAACAUAAUUAAAUUCGUGCCCGUAAAAUAUCUCGCGUAUGAGUAUCCAUGGUGGAGUCAUAUGUUGGGAUGUUUCUUUGGUCUUUCCUCAAUGUUGUGUAUUCCAGGAUAUAUGAUUUAUAUUUGGGUUGUCACACCCGGAACUACCUCCGAGAAAUUCCGAAAGUUAAUAAAAAUAGAAGAUGAUGUUGCUACUUUGCGGAUGAAAUUAAAUCCAACAAAAGCUGCCGCUAUCAGCGCAGAUCUCGAACUAUAACAGCGUUAUUGUUCGUUGGGCUAAAUAAAAAUACAAACGAUGCUUGUGUGUUCUUUACAAAUGUAUGACUGAGCAGAAGCGCGAGUUCAUAUGUUGAAUAUCAUAUCGCAUACUCAUGUAAUCAUUUAUCACAAGAAAUAAACAUCUAGUACAUGUAUA